AUGUCUACGUUAUUGCACAGCCGCGAGAUUGGCGGCCGUGUCAACCACAGGAUACAGUCCCGGACUUCUCUUGAUUUCACCCAUGUCAAGUCGUGGAAGGGCGCAUCAAAUGAUGUCAUUGUCCUGGCUUGGUCUGAAGAUGGGACGAGGUUCGCAGUAGGUGCGGCUGCCCAGUGUGACGAGCAUAAUAUGCAGUACAACCGGGGCAACAACCUCAUUCUUGGUGAUUUGGUGAGUAACUCACUGAAAGCACUCCCUGAUCACCGGAUACCACGACCUCUGCCUGCAAGUGCUGCUUCACAGCAUGUGUAUAACACGGUUGACCCUCACCUGUAUAUGAGUGUUACUGCCGUCCAGUGGUAUGGCGACACGCUCUUUACAGCAAGCUACGACAAUACGGUCAAGUUAUGGGAUGUGUCAAGCCAUGCUGCUGCGCGUUGUGUCAAGACUCUGCAUCAUAAUUCCAAAGUCCAGGUGAUGGCAAGGUCCAAUUUCUCGCCGAACCUGCUUGCAACUGGCGCGCAAGCCUUUGGCGUUUGGAAUAUCGAGAGCCGGACUUAUAUGCCUCUUGAUGUCGUCCGAAGGAACCCAACUAAGAACCUGGAAUUGAUUCCAUCCUCCCUCGCAUGGGGAACAAGUGAGGCUAGCAAACAUUUCCUGGUGGGUGGAAUGUCUGGGAGAGACACAGAGAAUGGGGAUACGUCGCGCGAGGGCCAUAUGGCCGUAUGGCGAGUGAAUGAAGCCUCUAUCAGCAGUGACCAGCUGUUGCCGAACGCCCAGAAUGUCUUUGAUGUCACCUGGCAUCCGAGGCUCCCCUUAUUCGCAACCGGUAGUGCCGCACCGUUGCUGCGAAGUGCAACGACCGCCAAGGAUACCAGAUCGGUGGUCCGUGUAUACGACCCGCUACAGGGGAAGCGCUGUGCGGUGGAGUUCGAUUGUCCCGCCUUGGACAUCAACGACGUUGAAUUCUGUCCACUGGACCCGAAUUACAUGACCGCUAGUUGCACUGAUGGCGUCACAUACGUCUGGGACAACCGUAACCCGUCAGAGAUCUUGCACAGGUUGCAGCACGGGGAACCGCUUAACCAGUUGGAUGAAAAUCUAACCAGGGAACAAGCAGAUGUCGGUGUCCGAGUGGCACUCUGGGGCGAUCAUGUGCAACGCUUCUACACCGGUGGUUCAGAUGGACGCCUAAAGGUUUGGGAUAUUCUCCGGUCCCCGGAAGACGCUCAUGUCCAGGAUGUAGUGACUCUGGAGGAGGAGAUUAUGUGUGCUUCAUUCUCCGGAGACAAGACCAACAUAUUGAUCGGAGACGCUGCGGGAGGAGUCCACGUGCUGUCGUCAGCUCCAUUUGAACACAGUAGCUGCAUGAAAUUCGAGCAUGCUGGUGAACCGUUUGAUGAUAUGGAAGAGCAAGAAGAGUCGGCUGUGAAGAUGGCGGAUAGACUGCUAUCAUCCGGUCAGCUGGUGCGGCAUCCGGUGUAUGGAGUAGGCCAAGGACCUCUCUAUAACGGUCCCUAUGCUGCCUGGGCUAGGCCCGCACACACGCCCACCGAUCUACUCGGGAUCACUCCCCUUACAGAGGACGUACAAGCGCUCCAACUCGACGGUCCUCCUGUGGAGAGAAGACGUCAACUGGAUGUUCGGUCUCGGCAGUAUGUGGCAGCGCAGAUCCGGCUUGCCCGUAUCCGGAACGAGCGACGGUCUCUUCAUAAGAGAAAACGGGAUACAUCUUGGCCUGCAAAGGUGACCCUGGCUCCGGAGAAUCUCAUUGAUCUCUGCAGUGACGAAGACGAGGAGGCACUCGCGCACCGGCCACGCCCUCGAAAAGCUAAAGAUCGCACAAUAGAACCCAUUAUCACUCAGAUAGUGGAUGUGAUUGAUUUAACUGGAGAUACCGAUUCUGAGGACAUUGCUGUUGGCAGCAGUGAACCUAUGGAUACGAGCGAGGUCGUUGGGGAAGAGGACGAGCGACUUGAAGCGCUGGAAGAAGACUACUGGUGGCCGGACAGCGGUGCUGUAGAUGCCAAUAUCCAGGAUCUUGACGAUUAA